AUGAAGAUGCACUUCUGUAUCCCUGUGUCCCAGCAGCGUCCAGAUGCCCUGGGGGGCCGCUACGUGCUGUACUCUGUGUAUCUGGAUGGGUUCCUCUUCUGCCGGGUGCGCUACAGCCAGUUGCAUCGCUGGGAUGAACAGCUGAGGCGGGUCUUUGGAAAGUGUCUGCCACCCUUUCCACCAAAGUACUACCUGGCAAUGACCACAUCAAUGGCUGACGAGAGGAGGAACCAGUUGGAACAAUAUUUGCAAAAUUUAUCCAUGGACCCAAGCGUGUUGAGAAGUGAUGUCUUCACGGAUUUUUUAAAACAGUUACAGCUGAGUACAUUUAACCUCACUGCCAAGAAGACCUCUCUGGAUAUAUUUCUGCCUGGUGGAAAGAGGAUUAACAUCGAAAUUCUAACGUCAGAUACUGCUGAAAGAGUCUUAGAGGUAGUGUCACACAGAAUUGGACUGUGUCCGGAGCUCUUGGGCUAUUUUGGCCUAUUUCUCAUUCAGUUUCACAAGGAGGGCCAGCUCUCUGUUUUGAAAAAAAUGGCGGACUUUGAACUCCCUUAUGUUAGUCUUCAAAGUUCUGAAGAGGUAAAUUGUAAAGUUGGACUCAGAAAGUGGUACAUGGAUCCAUCCCUUGACUUCAUGCUUCUGGACUGCAGAGUGGCUGUAGAUUUACUCUAUCUGCAGGCAAUACAGGACAUGGAAAAAGAAUGGGCCAAACCCACACAGGCUCAGAGGAAGAAAUUAGAGGCUCUUCAGAAAGAAGACAAUCAGACAAAGUUUUUGGAGCUGUCACGAGAGGUACAACACUAUGGAUGUUUGCAGCUGGAUCCCUGUACCUGUGACUACCCAGAACCGGGAUGUGUGGCUAUUGUUUCUGUCGGCAAUUAUGAAAUCAGUUGCCAUAUAACCCUGCCUGGUGACCAAACCCAGGAUGUCAUUUUCCAGAUGAACAAGGUCAAGUGCUGGCAAGUCACAUUCCUUGGGACUCUGCUGGAUAUGGAUGGGCCUCAGCAAACUCUCAACCAGAACUUAGAGCUCAGAUUUCAGUUCAAUAAGGACAGUCAGUGGCAGUGGUUUGUUAUUUACACCAAACAG